AAUAUUUGUUUAAAUAAUUUUAAUUUAUUAAUGAUUUGUAGGUUAUUAAAUAAUUUCCGAAUUGAUACAGAUUCUACCAAUCCACAGGCCCAAUUCCCAAUCGCCAAGAAAAUCUUCAAAAGCCCCUAAAUCCCUCACCAUUCGCCGGAGCUCCGGCGACUCGAUUGCCGGUAAUCUAAACUCGAUUGCCGGUACGAAGAUAAGUAGAAAAGGGGUCUCUCUCAAAUUCUCCAAUGGCGGCGCUUCCGUUGAUGAAACUUAUAAGACUUAAAGGAGUGCCAAUACUGCAGCAACUUCACCUAGAGGAGCGUUUGCUUCGUACUUCUCCACAUAAUUGGUGUAUUAUCAAUGAUGGAACUAAUUUACCUCACAUUGUUAUGGGCAUUUCUGGGAAACCUGCCGAACUUCUUGAAAUCAAUUCUGUUUUGAGAGAUAAAGUUCCCGUGAUUAGAAGAUUUAGCGGAGGAGGUACUGUUAUUGUUGAUACUGGUACGAUAUUUGUCACAUUCAUAUGCAACAAGGAUGAUGUUUCUGAAGUUCAACCAUAUCCUCGACCUAUCAUGUCUUGGAGUAGCUUAUUGUACAGCAGAGUAUUUCAAGGAGUUGGUGAUUUUGUCCUCCGCGAGAAUGAUUACGCUUUUGGCAACCGCAAGUUUGGUGGAAAUGCUCAAUCUAUCACCAAAAAUCGUUGGAUUCAUCAUACAUCGUUUUUGUGGGACUAUGAAAUCAAUAACAUGGCUUAUCUCAAGCUUCCGAAACGAGCUCCUGAAUAUAGACUAGCUAGGAAUCACUUGGAUUUCAUAUGUUGCAUGAAAGAAUAUAUGCCAAGGACAAAUUUCAUCACAAGAACUGUUGAUGCACUCCAAGGUGAGUUUUCUGUUGAAACCACAGACUUGGAAGCAGUUGAGUCUCCUUCAAAUACAAAGUUUAUUCAUUCCUCAAAGAUACUGACAGAGCGGGAACUGGAGGAAGCUGCUCUGGGAUGACACGUUACUCUUUCUUAGUUACCUCCAAAUACAUCUUUGUUUCACAAUAGAAGGUAUUAAAUUUAUUCUGAUUUGAAUGCUUGGAAACUCAUAUCCACUUUGAUCUAGACUAUAAUGUUAAAGAGGAUACAUACAUAUAUACAGGCAGAAGUGUGCUUAUGUAGCAUAGAUGUAUGCUCAUAGUUAUAUGUGUAUAUAUACUGUCUCAAUUCUUAUUAUUCAGGUGCAGAAUAAUUUUUACGUUGUCAUUUCAUUAUAUUCUUAUGGAUUCUAUACAUGUGUUAGUUUCAUAUAUUUAGCGCUUUUCAGUUUGAAAUAACAAGGGCUGAAGAGCUGGGAAUGUCAUAUGUGUACUGGGUAUAUGUUCUUUUACCAUCUAUUAAUCCAGUAUGAUUUUGCAAUUUCGUUUAUGCUGCGUGUUUUAGGAGAUUGAAGUCAUGGAUCAUAUGAAAUUUGUGUUAAUAAUCUAUGUUCAUAUAGUUGAAUAUAUGUUGUAAUGACUUGCUAAACAUGUGAUGAUGGAAGUUGACUUGAAUCUAGUAGGAGCGUUGAAGAUUAUGAAUGUUAUCCAUCUUCUUAUAUCUAUUUGUCAGUAUAGAAACAAGAUUUAAUUAACCAAUUAAUAUACUCCAGGAAAAUAUAAAUAUUCUCAACAACUCUAUUGAUUAAAAUCGUAGGUGUUUUUAGGUCUGCAUCUUAUGAAAUAAUACUCUUGGACAUCGAUGGUAAAAGUUUUGCUAGAAUAUAGAAUACAUUUUGUGAUGUUUGAGGUGGUUCAAUGCUGUGAGGUAUAUGGUGUAACUAUGGAUCAGGCACAAGAUUAAGCAGCUUAUAUUAGUUGUUAUUUUCCUGCACAAAGUUGUAAAGUUAACAGUUACAUGCCUUGAUAUGUGCUGCUUUAUGUUAUUGCAUUUGUAUACUAAAUGUUGAGCAGAAAAGGAAGAAGAUUACAUAACUUGUGCAUAAUAAUAUAGGUUUCAUUGUGUUUUGUUUGUUGAUGGAGCUUGUCAAGAGCAAGUCCAAUUUUGUGCUAUAUCUUGUUCUAUAGCUAUAUUAUAGAACAAAAUGUAAAAAUCAUCACUCGGAUGGUGUUCUAUAUCUUCAGCUAAGAUAGAACAAGAUAUAGCACCAACCAUUGGAGCCAUGUUGUUAGUUUAGCAUCAAAAAUCACUUUUUGGUUCUAAAUUACAGCAAUAACUCCGUACAUUUUAGCACAACCAUUGGACUUGCUUGUAGAAAAAUAUUGCAAUCUUACUUCUGUACAUUGAAACUGAAGGUACACAAUAAAGCAAAUUUUCAGUGAAAAUCAUGUGUUCAUGGUUUACAAUACAAAGUAACAUGAUUUUCUUUCUUAAAUCGACUCUUCUCUUGAAAUUUUAGCCUAUGUUGAGCCGCUGAAAGUUUGAACAAUUGUGUUGUGCCAUGGGUCAGCUAGGUGCUGCUGAAGGUUCUCGAAUGGUCCUUUUCCGGUCACAUUGUGUUGAACCACAAACCCUAAGAAUGCCAACAUUGCCAGUCUUCCUGUAAAAUUUGUAACACAUGAAUUAGUUCCUAGUUUAUGAAUGCAAAUUAGAUUUGCUAGAUGUUAAACUAUGGUUUAGGAGAAAGGAGGCUUGGUGACUUACCAUUGGCAAGCUCUUUCUCUUUAGCCUCUUCAGUAGCCGCGAAAUUCAGAGGGUUGAAGAUGCCGCCUGGGUAACCAACUUCACCUGGUGGCAAACUGUAGCUCUUGAAGAUGGGAUCCUGAUUUACACUUCCAGGGUCGAUGAUGAUGCGAAGUACUCGGAUUUUCCAGCAUCAUACCACUCCGGAGCAUUGAUCAGACCAAUCUUGGUGAAAACCUCAGGUAGCAGCAUUCCAGCAACACCUAACAUAGCCCAUCGUCCGUUAACAAGCUCUGCCUGACGAACCAUUUCAAGUUCUCAGGGUCCUCAGCUAGCGCCAAAGGAUCAAAUCCAUUGUCACCGGAAGACUGAAUGAAGAAACAAAGGUAAAUUACUAUCCUUAAGCACACUAAACUUACCUUGUACACAGAAGUAAACAUGUUUCCAUAUAAGUACCUGCCAUCUAGAUAACCAGGGGAAGCUAGGCCAGGUAGCCACUGGCCUUUCUUGGCUUCAACUUUGAAUGAGCCUGAAGCCACCGGCUUGAACGAGACCUCACGGUUUAAUCUCCCCGAUGAUCCGGUGAGGAACCUCGUCUUCGAGGCACACGGCCUGAUACCGGCUACCGAAGCUUGGGUGGUGACUGCAGCCAUUAUUGUUUUCUCAGAUUAAGAAUGUAGUAUUCUCAAUUCUGCUGGUGAUUUCAGUGUAAUGCCCUUGUAGCCAUUUUGUACUUCAUUUUAAAACCAUAUUCGUGGCUUUGGUUCAAUGAAAAAAAUCAGGCAGUUGGAUCUGUGGAAACCAGUGGCUGUGAUUUGAUGUUAUGAUUUUGGAUAUGCUUAUCAGCCUAUGGUGCUGCAAGGUCCUUAUCCACCUUAUCUUGCUGUUGUUGCUUAUUAAUCUUCGUAUAUUUUGCGUUCUUCUUACUGGUUAUGAGCAAGUUGUGGGAUCCACCGGUGGUGACACGUAGAUGAUUCUGCGAUAUGGUGGAUUCGAUUUUCUAACAGGCCAGCUAAACAUCCUUCCUGUACAAAUGAUUGGUUCACGUGAGAACUCGAAUCUGAUGAGACUUGGGUUAGGUUUGAUGGGCCUUUAGCCUCCAAGAUCAUCAGGAUGUUCGAUCUGUGCACGGGUUUCUGGCCAUACAGUGUUGUUUCAGAUUUCUGCUGGUAUCGCUGAUCGACAUCGGUUCACUGAGUCCAGGUAUGGAUGGAGUAAGUUAUGCACAUAUAAGAUAUACAAGCAUAAUCACUGUCGCAUAUUAUGCAGCCUUCCUAAAAAGAGACUUUGUGGGAAGAAUUGAGCCUACAUUAAAAUUUCUCAGUUCUUCACCUGGACAGAUGAGUAUAUGCAGAGAGAACGAAAAUGUCGUAGGCAGACGGGAAAAAGGUUAAUGGUUGCUUGAUUGAUAUUCUUUCAUGAAGUACUGCUGUUGAUUUGGUCAAGAAACUGAGGGAUGAGUUUCAAAAUUAUGAUAUGGCAAGUGAAGAUCUUUUUGAUGAGGAUGUACCAAGCUCUUUUGGCUUUGGGAGAUCAUAAAUCUGCCAGAAAACUGUUGAGGAAGAUACUGAUAUUUGAUCCGCAUGUCUGCUGUGUCAUUGAUUCAUCACAGAGACAGCCUAUGUACGCAGGGCAACCAACUCUAAGGUGCCUACAGCGAAUACUAAAGAGAAAGAGGAGACUGUGACAAGACGACCAGGAAAAAAUCUAAAAAAAUGAAAAAGAAUAACCCACUACAAUCUUUUGUAGAUCUCGGAAUGAGGCAGCAAGAGACAAUAAAUUAUGACAGUUGCAAUUUCUAUUCUCUUUGCUGAUUUUGAUAAUCUUUAUAGGAUUAAAAUACUUCAAACACAAACAAGACAUGCUGAAACGAAGGUCAGGAAGCUUAUAUAUGUACGGACCGAUGUUACAAGAGCUGGCUAUAAUUGGAGUGAAGCAUUUAAAAGAGAUUACAAAGAUAAGUGAACUUAAGCUGCCUGCAAGAGAGAAAUCCUGGUAUAUUCAGAGCCGUCUGUCCAGAGCCAUCUACAAACUAAGAAGUAGAGCAGGACAAGGGAGCCUCGGUCCUUGACAUAAUGAAAUUUGAGCAUGUUCUACUGGAUAUUGGGCUGCUUGAGAAAUCGGAAAUGUUGAAAGGAUGCAGCUCACCAGAUAUGUUUAUCAGGGCACCAUAACAAUCCAGACACACUUUCAGGAUCACGUGCACAAAUGAUCCUCACGGCAGAGUUCCAGAAUAGAGCAGUCAAACUAUCUGGCCUGAAAACAAACACUAGAGUCUGUAAGCACUGAUCUUGAUUCGAAUUGUCUACUUUAAUGGAAUCAGAUUGGUGUAUUUUAUAAAAAUGCUAUUGUCACCAGCAGAGAUCCUAAGAACAGAAUAAGGAUCAUCUUCCCACUGAAUAUUCUCUAAUGAUCUCAUGCUAUAAGGGAUCCUCUGGUCAUUGUUCUUGCACCUAUCGGCUGUAUAAUUCCCUUCACAGCCUGUAGGCCAGCUGUCAGGACUAACAUAAUCAAAUCCGGGUACACAUUCACAUUGAGGUUCAUUAUCAGAGAGAGUACGAAAUCUGUUUAGGCUACAUAUGCCUUUAGGAUCACAUCUGUCUGCCAAAGAUUGCCAUACAAUUAAUGAGCCGUUUCCUUUCGUAUCGAAACUCAGUGAAUAUUGGCGAAGGAUACCAUCAGGAUCAAUUUUCAUGAGGUAAGAUUGCCUCUGUUGGGUGAUCAAAACUCUGCCAUAUUAUCUUUUGAUCAGAAUUAUAGAGCACAAAGUUGCCGGUGUCUAGCAUGGAAACAUAAGAAAAAGAUUCAUCAGGUGAAACAAUAUCCGUACUUGAGUCUGGGGAUUGCUGUAGGAGGAUGAGCCUUCCAUUUGCAGUUAAUCGCAAAGUUACAUUAUCAGAGGACAGGAGGAUCGUCUCUGUUGAAGAAUUAAAUCUUUUACAAUUCUCUCUAAUCAGUAUAGUGGCUUGAUGGUCUAUAUAUUAGGUCGCUGAUCAAUUCUAUGGCAUGCUGUAUAAGCACUGCAACAAAGUGCUGAUCAAUUUUAUGCAAUAUGCAGGCUGUUGUGAUGAAGCAUUUUUGGAUGUCCCAGAUCCUAAGAUACAGGAUCAUCAAAGUAUAAAGCAACACUAAUGUGUGAAUAAUGCUUGACUAAUGUGUUAUUGUUCUGGAGUUUAUUGUGCAUAGAAUUUGUGCACCUUAGAUCAACCAGAUAAAAAUGAUGGAGUCACUUAUGAACAUUUGUAGUUCACGUGUUUUACUGCACUCUUUUUCUGCUGGUUUGUUGAUCAAGAAUUUGUGUGUUUCAUUAAUAUUACUCUUUAUUCAAGGAUAGAUAUUUGGGUCCUGAUCUAUGUAUUUUUUGUCAUCCUAUGCUUUCAUCCUGACUACAUCUUUUUCACUCACUUUUGCAGAGUGUGUAAUAUUGGAGAUUUUAUUUGAUUUGAUUAUAUUAUUUUUGAGGUGAAAUGAGCAUUGUUCUUUUGUU